CUUGGUCUGGACCGCAGCAGCAAAGGCGUUUCUUCCCUUUUGCUGCUCCUCCCAUCUGGAUCAUAGAUGUGAUACGCGCCAAAAUGGCAGCGUUCGUGUUUCAGCGUGGGUUACUGCAGAGCCGGACUACGGUGAAACAUUGGGCGGCGACAGGUAAAAGAUGUAUUCUUUCAGCAGCAUACGUGGACAGUACAACAUGGGAACAAAAAAAAAAGGAAGAGCACAGCCUAGCUGAUUUAGCCAAUUUGAUGGACAGAACCUAUGAAAAAAAACUACCGGUCAGCUCUUUAACAUUAUUUCGGUUUAUAGAUAACAUUUCUUCACGUGAGCAUGUGGAUCAAACUGAAUAUUAUCUAUACAAGUUUCGUCACAGUCCUAAUUGCUUUUAUUUAAGAGACUGGAUCAUCCACAGCUGGAUUAGGAAGUGCCUUAAGUUUGGUGCACAGGAUAAAGCUUUGUACACUCUACAAAACAAGGUCCAGUUUGGAAUAAUUCCAGAUAGUUUUACCUUCAAUUUAUUAUUGGAUUCUUUUAUAAAAGAUGAGAAUUACGAAAAUGCUAUGGCUGCAGUGACUGAGAUAAUGAUACAGGAAGAUUUUACUAAGGUGUCUACCCAACUUCUCUCUCUUUAUACCAUGUACAAAUAUUUGGCAACCAAAUCAGAACUUACGUGGGAAGAAGAGAAAAAUCUUGGAGCAUCUCUGUUGUUAGUGGGCCUCAAGCAGACUAACACUAUAGGAUUUAGUUCUCAGCUAUAUGGUCUUGCCCUUCUUGGUAAAGUGGAGCUACAGAAAGGAUUGCGAGCUGUUUAUCACCUAAUGCCGCUCAUGUGGACCCCGGGAUAUCUGAACAGAGCCUUGAAAGUAAUGGAGGAUGUGGCCUUGCUUCCUGAAGAUGUGAAGCUUUGCCAGGAAGCAGUUGAUGUUCUGGCAGACAUUUUGCACCCAGUACCUGAGCCCGAGGUUUCUCCAGAAGACCCCAAGGAUUCAGAAGAAGCACCAAAGCAGAUACCGCCAGAAGAAAAUGAGGCGCUUCGUCUGCCUGAAUACCUAAACCGUUUCAAGGAGCUGAAUUCUAAACUCCACUCCCUUGGCAAGGUGGAAUCUAGGAAGCUGCUAACCCUGACAACUCAACUUGUUGAAGAGAAACUACCAGCCUCUGAAGAGGAAGACAUUACAAAAUACAAAGAGAAACUUGAGGAGUGGGAGAAAGAAAAAACGAUGCUGAUUGAAAGGGAGCAAGAAAUGAAAGAAAAGGCUAAGGAAAUGAUGGAAAUUAGAAAAAAAGCAAAUGCAGCCACAUGAUGCUUUUGCUGACAGACAUCCAUUAUGCCUCAGAUUGUCUUGGCAAUAAACAGAGUCUCAUCCCGUCUUGUACCUUAUACAAACUUGGCCUGUCCACACAUUAAAUCUUUACACAAUCCAA